AUGAAAAAGGUUGAAGAUAUCGGAGGAAAAGCUCAUAAUGCUGAAGUUACCGAAGCUAUCCUGUGGUUUGUUACUGCGUUUCUCCUCCUUAUUCCUGGCUUGGGGGAAAUAGCUGAGGAAGCAGAUGUGGUGGCGGUUGCCACGACCCUGAGGCUUCUUGGUGAUGCUGAGGAUGUGGGUUUAACUACCUACGACAUCGUGACCACGAAAGACCGUGGGCCGGGGGUGAUAUUUGAAGGCAUCUUAGGUGGGCUUGGUGCCCUCGAUAUGCUGAAAGCUCCAGAGCUUUUCGGAAAGGCAGCGUCGGCAAGAAGAGCAAUGUCAGAUUCUGAUAUCGCGACGUUAGGAGAUGAAGUUUCUGGUGGAUUAGCGCAGGUGAAGCUUGUCAAACAAGACUGCUUUUAA